AUGACUUGAGGUCAGGUUUGGUAUUUUAACUGGCUAUUUUUCUACAUUAAUAUGAUUUCUUGUUAGUGGUGUAGGGUUCUGAAGGUCCCAGGGAAGGAAGACUGUGUUGCAAGCAAUAUUUAGUAUUAGUAAUGUAGGGUAAUGCUGCUGCCCUUGGGGCAGGAAAGCUGUGCUGUCAGCAUUAUUAUUGCUAGUGGUUAGGAUUAGUAACGCAGUAAUGCUGCUGCCCUUGGGGCAGGAAAGCUCUGCUGUCAGCAUUAUUAUUGCUAGUGGUUAGGAUUAGUAAUGCAGUAAUGCUGCUGCCCUUGGGGCAGGAAAGCUCUAAUGUUAGCACUAUUAUUCCUAGUGGUUAGGAUUAGUAAUGCAGUAAUGCUGCUGCCCUUGGGGCAGGAAAGCUCUACUGUCAGCAUUUUUAUUGCUAGUCCUUUGCAUUAGUAAUGCUGUUUCCCUUGCUUAGUAAUACCCUGGACUUAGUAUCAAAGAUACUGAAGGUACUGUCCCUUUUUUGUGUAUUUUUAACAUAAAAAAAUUGUUUUGAGAAUAUGGUAGAAUACAAUCAUAAUUUUUGUUUACUUUUUCAGAAAAUGGAGAACAUUUGGAUUGAAGGUGUCAAACGAAGAAUGAAGAAGGUUAAAGAUCCUGAGGUCAUCCAAGAAGUUGUUGUUUUUGAAGAGGAGGAGGAGGAUUUCAUACAUUCCUAUAUCAAGAAGCUAGAAGAGGAAACUCACAGCUAUUUUACAUCUCAUGUCUGUCCUCGCAAGAACUAUUACUAUUACGCAUGUGAGAGAUCAAACAAAGCAACAGGAUAUAGCAAAGGAGAACCAAACAAAACCAGGGCUAAUUCUUGCAGGGCCUAUGUGUCUUUCAGUAUAAUCAAGGAUGCUGGAUUUACAGGUGCUAUUGUGCACAAAAUGCUGAAACACAGUGGACAUGAUAUUAACAUUCAAGAAGAGGGUGUAAAAAACCGUGUUGACCCAGAACUACUGGCUUUUAUAGAUAUGUGGCUUGAGCAAGGACUAUCGGUCUCAGAAACACUUUUGAAGAGUGUUGAUUGGGCACAGCGCCAUGGACAUACAGAUAGAUGCAAUCGUCGAUACUAUGUUACACCAGAGGAUAUUAGGAUGAUCAAGAAGAGCAUAAAUGCUCUAAUUUUUGCUGAUGUGAAAGACAGUAUCAGUGUGGACAAACUAUGCACAUCAGAGCUAAAGGAGAACAUUUGUUUUUAUCAGCCAUUAAGUGAUGACCAACCACUGAUUAUUGUAGUACAGACACCCUGGCAAAAACAACUACUUAAAGAACAUCCACAUCCCAUGAUGUUUAUGGAUGCCACCUACAAAGGCAUGACCUCAUAUGGCUAUGCAUUUUAUGCAUUGCUUCUGAGAAGCUGGAUUGGAAGAGGAUACCCAUUUGCAUACUUCAUUAUCAGUCAGGAAUCAACAUCUACACUCUCUCUCUGCCUGCAAAAACUUUCAAUUUCUAAUCCUGGCUUUCUUCCUCGGUCAGUGAUGAUUGACAGAGAUCUAAAAGAGCUAAAUGCAGUAAGAGAGAUAUUUCCAUCAGCAAAGGUCCUUGUUUGCUGGUUUCACGUGCUGCAGGCUGUGCAUAGGUGGUUGGUGAAACGAGAUGGAGGAAACCUGCCAGUGGCCAAGAGAAACAUGGUGAUUCAAGCAAUGGUGUCAAUGAAGAUGUGUUUAACAGAAGAUGAGUUUGACAACACGUCUGCCGCAAAAUGUAAAGAGCUGGAUUCCUACCUUGGAAGUAAACACAUAUCUACUUACCUGAAGAAUCAGUGGAUUUCCUGUGGAGAGCUGUGGUCUAAUUUUGGCAGGUCAUUCAAUCAUGAAAACAGUGAAACCAACAACAAAGCAGAGAGAUUCUUCCUCACGAUGAAAUAUCAAUUCCUGAAAGGGAACACCAACAGAUGGAUUGACCUACUCCUUAAACUGCUCUGUGGUGAUGUUCACAAAUAUUACUGGUAAAUUUACAAAUCCAAAUUUAUAAUUCAUGCUAAUUUUUAAUGUCAUAAAUUAUUUCUUGAUACUAUGACUAUUUCUACUGACUGAUUGCUUGUAAUUGUAAGUUACAUGGAUGACCUGGCAGAAAGCGGACGAAUCAAGGGAGUAGAUGCUGUCAAGUCUGAUUGAGAUGGGGUUGGAUUCAAAUGUUAAAUUUUAAUGAAGAGGGAAUAUGUUUCGUUCCAUCUCAUACAAGCUCUCAGCCUCACUCAGUUGAUUUGGUGAUGGUCAAAUGUGACUGCAGAACAUCCAAAAGUGGUUCUCUUUGUAAACAUAUUGUUUUCUCAAGAACAACACAGCAACAAGGACUAGUUAUUCAAGACACCAGGAGUGCUCUUGCUAAAAAAAUCAUUGAUUGUCACUCCUAUAACUCAGAUGAUGAAAACCUCACAGUCUUUUACAGUGGUGGGAGUGUAGGAAUUAUAAAUCACAAAGUCCAAAAUUCUGUACCUGUAUAGCAAAUAGUCAUAAUGAAACUUGUGUCUGUAUUUUGGUUCACAGCAUCCUUUAUCCUCCACUGACACCUUGUGAGGUAAUCUCUAAUCAAUCAGAUUGCCAGAAAACAAACAUAAAGCCAAAAGUUGACCUGAACUCCAUGUUAACAGACCUCAUGGAAUGGAGCCAAUCAGAGAAGUACACUGAAAAUAAGGAGCUUUACAAGAUGGUAGAGAGGGCAUACAAACCAGUUUUUUCACGUUUUAAUAUUCGGUCAAGAAAAAGAAAAAUAACUGUACUGCACGCCUAUCGCCAACGAUUAAAAAAGGCGAAACAUGUACUCACCAUGAAUUACCCUACUAGGCGAAAAAGAAGGAAAAUGCUGCAAAAAUAAAAACUGA